AACUAAGAUUAAAAUUAAAUGGAUAAAAUGGGAUAAUUACACAAAUGAUUGACUAAAGUGAGAGUUAAAUAGUUAAAAAGGACUUCUUGUUAAAUAGGAGGACUUAAUUGGACCUUUUGAAAGUAUAUGGGGCCAAUUUUGACACUUUCAAAACCAUACAAGGGCUAAAAUUCAUUUCACCAUAUUUCCCUUGAGUCCUGAAGAACUUCAAUUUACACCUUUUGCCUCGUCGGAAAUCAGUCACUAUCGCCGGAAAACAUGUCUGUUACAUCUUUUCGCCGGGAAACUGCUCCUCUACUACUAACAUUAGUUUUCCGCCGGUAACUAUUGAAAUAAAUGAUUAAUGAUGGAGCUCGUAUGGUGUAUUUGCUAUGAAAAGGCAAAAAACGAUAUGCUUCCUUGUUCGAGUUUUUUCCGGCAGAUGGUUAAGUUUGAAGUGAAAUUUACAGUUUAUUCGAUGACAGUGGUAAUUGAUGAGUUGUGUAAAAUGGGGGAGUUUCAUAAGGCAAGAAAAUUCAUGGAUGAUAAAUUUGUGAAACCAAAUAGUUGCAGUUAUAAAAAACUAUUGAAUACAUGUAUAAAGAAACCAGAUUUUUUGAUUGUGAAGGUGAUUUUGAGGACAAUGGAGAAGGAAGGAUGGGAUUUCGACCCGAAAAGUUAUACACUUCUGAUUAAACGUUAUUCAAAUUUUGGAGAAUUUGGAGAAAUGAAGAGAUUAUUUAUGGAAAUUGAAGAGAAGGGUGUAAAGCCAGAUGUAUAUUUAUACACAUCUAUGAUUAGUGGUUAUUGUAAAUUAGGUAAUGUUAGGAAGGCAUAUCAACUGUUCGACGAAAUGACUAAGAGAGGACUUGUUCCUGAUGGUCAUACGUAUGGGGCUUUGAUAAAUGGGUUGUGCAAAGCUGGACUAAUGCAAGAAGCUGAAGUUCUGGUUAAUGAGAUGCAAAGCAAGGGAAUUUGGAUUAAUCGAGCUAUAUUUAAUACGAUGAUGGAUGGUUAUUGUAAGCAGGGUAAUGUGGAUGAAGCGUUGAGGUUACAGAGAAUUAUGGAGGAUGAAGGACAUGAGCCUGAUGCAAAUGCUUACAAUAUUAUUGCUACUGGCCUGCGUAAGCUAGAUUUGCAUGACGUGGCGAAGAGGUUGUUGCUGUCGAUGGUGGAUCGAGGUGUAGCUCCAAAUGUAUUGGCUUAUACGUCUUUGAUUGAUAUUUACUGCAAGCAGGGAGAUUUUGUUCAAGCGAAAAGGACACUUAGAGAGAUGGAAACUAAGGGAAUUAAGCCUAGCACGGGAACAUACAAUGCCCUGGUAGAUGGUUACUUCAAGCAUGGAUAUUUUAUUGACGCAAAAAGGGCACUUAUUGAGAUAGAAACUAAAGGAGUUAAGCCUAACACGACAACAUAUACUGUGUUGAUAGAUGGUUAUUCUAAGCAAGGAGAUUUUGUUAGAGCUAAAAAGACACUUAUUGAGAUGGAGAAUAACGGAGUUAAGCCUAACACCAAUACAUACACUGCACUGAUAGAUGGUUAUUGCCAGAAAGGUAUGAUGAAUGAAGCUUAUAAGCUUAGAAAUCUCAUGGAAUCUAAGGACUUGAUAGCUAACGUCUAUACAUACACCUCACUUGUACAUGGGGAAUGCAAAUUAGGAAAGGUAGAUGAUGCUCUGAAGCUUUUGAAUGAGAUGCCUACAAAGGGUUUAGUUCCGAAUGUUGUGACUUACACAGCAUUGAUUUCUGGCUUAUCAAAAGAAGGCAGAUCAGGUGAAGCCAUCCGAUUAUACAAUCAGAUGAUAGAGGCAGGCGUAGUACCCGAUGCUGCUGCAUACUCUGCACUUAGUUUUUUGGCGGACAACUGGAGUAGCAAAGGUCCUCUAGCCAAUGAUUACCAUGAAACAUAGAAGAAUACGGAGACUCUAGUAAGACAUUUCAUUACCAAUGGAACUUGGGACAAUGCAAAGAUGCAGAACAUCCUAUGAGAUAGCACAAUUCAGCAUAUUAAGACCAUUUGGAAUUGGCAAGUAUGACACUCAAGACCAGGUCUUUUGGGACCUCACAAAAGAUGGGAAAUAUUCCAACAGACCACAAUAUUGAUCAGGUAUGGAACUCCAACAUUCCUUUUAAGAUUUCAUUUUUCGUUUGGAAAUUCUGGCAGGGAGAACAUUCCUUUGACGAAGUAAUUAGCAGAUUUGGUAUUCUGAAGGAUACUCUAUGCAACUGCUGCUCUCUUCCUAAAAUGAAAAUCAAAUGCAACAUGUUUUUCUUCGCAGCUCAAUAUGUGUGGAAGCAAUUUGGAGGGCCUCUGGCAAUCAGAACUUACAACUGGUGGAAUCAAAAAAUCAAAUAAUUCCAUCGACAAGCUAGUUCGUCAAACUAGACCAGGCCUUAUCUGUUUGGAGAUUUAGAAACAAAGGUCCGAGUGCAGUAAUUAUAGAGGCUCAAGUAAUUUCUACAGAUAUAUAAUGAUCCAACACAUUCAGAGUACGAUUGCUAAAGCUUAUUCAAAAGUUGGUUCAACAUUACUUUGGAUCACGCUUUGUGAAAAAAUUGUGAAGCUGAAACCUGCCUCAAACCUUUCUAUUGUAUGCUGGAAGUUCCUCGAAGAUGGCGUCCUUAAAUUGAAUACUGAUGGAAGUUUUGAGGGAUAAUAGAGGCAACCUCAUCUUGGCUUUCUCCUCACCUUCGAGUUGUUGCUGCAGCAGCACAUAAGCAGAAGCUAAGGCUGCCAGUUAUGGACAAAGCCUUCGCCUACUGAAAAAUCUGAAAGAACUUCACCAAAUAGAGAGACUCUUUGAUCCUAUUUCCGAUGAUUGUGAACAACCAGCAAUCCAACUACAAGCUCAAUUGCAUUAUUGAGGAAAUACAACAAAGAACGAAACAAGCUAAUGUUAAAGCAACUCACCACGAGGCUAACGAAGUAGCAGACCACCUGGUAAAACUGGCUAUGAGCAGUCGAAAACGACUCCUUUCAACAUCUCCAGCAAGGGCAAAAGGGCCGUUCUAUUUGUAUAACUAAAUGUUAAUCUUAUAUUGUGAACAAAUAUGCAUAUUCCAAAGAUUUCAAUGUGAGAAAGAGAGAAUAUUUUCAAGAUACUACAAAAAUUUUCAUGUAAAAUUCAGUGAAAUGUCUUCAUGUUAAAGAUUAAAGUGUUUUUACUAGACACUUUUAAUUACAAUAAGCUAUAACACUUGGGUA